GUAAACAUUUUUCAUUUCGCUCCCGGCCAAAAAAUCUGUCUGCACUCUCUCUCUCUCUCUCAAAUCCCUCUCUCUCGCAUCUUAUGUGUUCAAAGAAACAGUAAGCGCAGAUCUGCUGCUUGAUCGUUUUCUCCACUUCAUAUUUUCGUAUCAAUACAAAAAACCAAACUAAACAGUGAGGAAUUUUCCUUUUGCAUAAGCUCACUGUGAUCUUUUCUUCAAUCCCAAACAAAGCAGAGUUCAAUCAAACUAUUUAAGCAUUUUUCUACUGUAUAAUAGUAUUACUGUCUUUGCUUUUUGUAGGUAUACUUGCUUCUUAGAUUAUUCUUGUUGGUUCCAUAAGUUGUGGGCUUUGUUCAAAUCAUAAUUGUUGCUUCUGCUUUUUGGGCAGCGACUGAAUUUCCUCUUUCCCUUUUCCUUUUUUUCCCCAUUGGAGUGUAAGAUCACUAUUUAGUUAAGAAUUCCUUGAUAAAUACACUUCUGAGUAUUUAUUUUUCUUGAAUUUAAGCUGCCCAUUUGCCUAAUUUGCUCAAACUCGAGGUUUAUUGUUCGUGUCUCGUGAAUUUCUUUCACCUGUGCUAGAUUGUGGAAAUUCUAUUUGAUUGAUCUGCGUUGAGAGUUGAAUACUUUUUACUGAAUCUUCUUGGAAAUAUUUGUUGGUUUUGAAUGAGGUGUAUGAUUAUACUAUGUGGCGAGGUACUGAGAUAUGAGAGUUAGGGUUAUUGCGAAAUGGGGUGUGUAUUCGGGAAAGAGAUUUCGUCGUCUGAGCGAGCUAGUGGCGAUGUAGCUGGAAAGGGGAGAAGUAAAGGGGAAGAGAGAGAUUCUGAGAGGAGAGAGAAAGUAGUUGUUGGAUCAGUAAAUAAAUCAGAAGGAGAGGCUGCUAGUGGUGGUGAUGGUGGAGGUCAAGUCCCGAAUGGCAGGGAUAAGAAGGAGGAGAGGAAGGAAGAGAAUGCUCGACAGCCGAGAGGCGAGAGGAGACGGUCUAGGCCAAAUCCGAGGCUGAGCAAUCCUCCUAAGAAUAUCCAUGGUGAGCAAGUGGCUGCUGGAUGGCCUUCUUGGCUCUCUGCUGUGGCAGGCGAGGCGAUCAAUGGGUGGACACCUCGUCGUGCUGAUUCAUUUGUAAAGAUUGAUAAGAUUGGGCAAGGUACUUAUAGUAAUGUGUAUAAAGCUAAAGACGCCAUAACGGGGAAAGUUGUAGCUCUAAAAAAGGUUAGAUUCGAUAAUUUGGAGCCCGAGAGUGUGAGGUUCAUGGCUAGGGAGAUUUUGAUCCUGCGCCGUUUGGAUCAUCCCAAUGUGGUGAAAUUACAAGGGUUAGCGACAUCAAGGAUGUCGUGUAGUUUGUACCUUGUUUUCGAUUACAUGGAGCAUGAUUUGGCCGGUCUUGUUUCAAGCCCCGGAAUCAAGUUUACAGAACCUCAGGUCAAGUGCUACAUGAAUCAGCUGUUGUCCGGCCUUGAACACUGUCACAACCGCCACGUCCUGCAUAGAGAUAUUAAGGGCUCGAAUCUCCUCAUUACUGAUGGAGGAGUUCUUAAGAUAGCCGAUUUUGGAUUGGCUUCCACGUUUGAUCCCAAUAGCAAGCAGCCCAUGACUAGCCGUGUGGUCACUCUGUGGUAUAGGCCGCCUGAGCUGCUUCUUGGAGCCACCCACUAUGGCGUAGGUAUUGAUUUGUGGAGCGCUGGGUGCAUUUUAGCUGAGCUAUUUGCCGGGAAGCCAAUCAUGACAGGCCGUACGGAGGUGGAACAACUUCACAGGAUCUUCAAGCUAUGCGGUUCUCCAUCUGAAGAAUAUUGGAAGAAGUCGAAGCUUCCUCAUGCGACCAUAUUCAAACCACAACAGUCGUAUAAAAGAUGCAUAAGGGAGACAUUUAAGGAUUUCCCUCCGUCAGCAUUGUCUUUAAUUGAUACUCUACUGGCAAUUGAUCCCAGCGAACGUCAAACUGCUACAGCUGCGCUAAAGAGUGAAUUCUUCACAACCAAGCCUUAUCCAUGUGAACCUUCCAGCCUUCCGAAGUAUCCACCGAGUAAGGAGAUGGAUGCUAAGCGACGUGAUGAAGAAGCCAGAAGGCUACGAGCUGCUGGUAAAACUCAAGCUGACGGUGCAAAGAAACCUCGGACACGAGAAAGGGCAAUGCGGGGAGUUCCUGCUCCCGAAGCCAAUGCUGAGCUACAGGCCAAUAUUGAUAGACGGCGUCUGAUUUCCCACGCCAAUGCAAAGAGCAAGAGCGAGAAGUUCCCUCCUCCGCAUCAAGAUGGCGGGUUGGGCUACCCUCUGGGGUCGUCUCAGCACCUCGACCCAACCUAUGAUCCUCCCGAUAUACCCUUCAGCUCGACUAACUUCUCGUACCCUAAAGAUCCGAUGCAGACUUGGUCCGGCCCAUUGGCUGACCCUGCUGCUGUCGGAGCCCCAAGAAGGAGAUCGAAGCCAUCGAAGAAGGAUCAUCGGAAAGACAAGAAUUCGGGCCGGAAUAAAGAGAGAGAUGACUUGUGAUACAGCACUCUUUCCAUCCCUCCUCACGUACAUGAAGAAAAGGUGCAGACAGCUGCAGAUUAUUGUGUUAUAUCCAUCUUUGGCGGGAAUUUUUUUUCCAAACUGUUUUAAGAGGUAAUAUAUAUAGAUAUAUAUAUAUAUAUCUUUUGGUUUCCAUCUGUUUUCUUGAUACUGCCAAUUUCUAUCUCUCUCUCUCUCUCUUUUGUAAACAUGACAACUUUUACUAUGCAUUGCUAAUGUUAAUUUUUUGUAAACAUGAGAAGGUUUACUAUGCAUUGCUAAUGUAAACAUGAGAACUUUUUUGUAAAAUUAUUAUUUCUUUCUUCCCUUUAA